AUCCAUCCAGCCAAGGUCGUCAGAAAAACACCCGUAGGAAUUUACUCAAAAAGAUAAUUUACGUAAUACUUGGUUGGGUGUAAGCAAUAGCGGUUGAAAUUGUAAUUAAAAUAUUUACUCUGGGUAGAAUGAAUUGACAUAAACUACGUGGAAAUACACAGGAAGCGAAAUCUUUUUAACCGGAAGACGUACUCGAUUGGUGGAGGACUUUGAAUGACUUCCGUAAACAGACGUCUUCGCGGCGAAAAAUGCCCGUCCUAUUACCUGCGGUGGCAGAACAGCUUUUCCGUGAUAUCCGUAAAAUAUACCAAGAAACUUCUCAAAUUCCUGAUGACUUACUGAAUUCGCUGAAAUUUGUUUUUGGGCCCUGUGCAAUACAAGCUUUGGAUCUGGUUGACCAGCGCUCCGUCACCUGUGUGUCAUCUCCCAGUGGACGUAAAGCCUUCCAGGUCACGGGAGGCUCGGGGAUUGUGUACACUUGCUUCUCAUCCUGCCACUACUGCCCGUGUCCUGCCUUCGCCUACACGGUGCUGCGGAGGAAUCAUUGCCUGCUGUGUAAGCACAUUCUGGCCGUGUACCUGUGUGAGGCCAUGGGGGUGACUCACCCGCAAAGUGCGUCAGAUGAGCAGAUGACAGCGCUGCUCAGUGGGACCCCGUCACUGUGAGCCCCACGUACGUUCCGCUCGGAUGCUGAUAAUGAUGGAGGGCAGGAACACCGUGACGGUGCUUUUCUUACUCCUCUCUUCAAGACACCGUUAUUUUUGGCCUCCUUAAAGAGUUCCUAAUCUGUUUCCAGGGAAAGAUCUGUUCACUGAGGUUGCACGGCUUUAUUUUUAGCUUCCUUGUUGGGAAACAGUGAGACGCUGCAUGCUAGUAUGUUUGUUUUCCUCUUUGAAAAGCUCGUUUUAUCUGUCAAUACACAAACACGAUUUAAGGAAUAAAGGCAGAUGAUGGACAAUACAAA